UCUCUCAUGUACUCUAUUAUAUAUUACCCCACUGUGGAUGAAUACGAAUGUGUGUGAUGCAUUGCAACCCCUAGCCUAUCUUCUAUCAUGGUAUCAGCUUAGAUCUUUCCACUGCUUCCGCCAUGGACGCCGAGGCCGCCGCCGCCACCGCCGCCACGGCUACGCCUCCGGCGCCCUCCUCCCAACCUCUGGGCUCCAUCCCGCAGCCCCCUCCUCCACCCCCUCCUCCCUCCUCCGUAGUACACACGCCUCUCCCUCUCCAGACUGCGCCGCCGGUCGCCAGCUUCCCUUCUGCGGCCUAUAUCCACGCGAUGCGCGUCGAGAGUGCCCACAUCAACCUCGGCGUCCGCCUCGAUAUGAAAGGGGCCAACUACUCGACUUGGCGUGGCCUCAUGCUUGAGGUCAUCGACCAGUACGAUGUGGCGGCUUGGAUCGCGCCGGACUUCACCAACCGUGCCGGCGACGUGGCGUGGAACAUCGUCAACAAAGCCGUCAAGCGCUGGUUCUACGGCUCCAUGGUCACGGAGCUCGCCGGCUUCGUCCUCAACAGAGAAGCCACGGCGGCCGAGCUGUGGUCCUCCAUCGAGUCCUUGUUCGUCAACAACAGGCGCUCUCGGCGCUUCCAGCUCACGGCGGAGCUCUUCGCCGUCAAGCAAGGAGACGCCCCGGUCUCCUCCUUCUGCGCACGCCUUAAGGCCGUCGCGGACGGGCUGCGGAACGCCGGCAAGGUGCUGGACGACGAUGAACUCGUUGUUCAGCUCCUCCGCGGUGUCAACAAGGACCGUCAUGAGAUGACUGCAAAAAUCAUCGAGAAAUCUCAAACUCCUGUUCCCUUUGAUGUUGCAGUUGGUAUGCUCCUCCAGGACGAGAUCGGUGCUGACUUCUCCCCCUCGGGCGUCUCCCACACCGCCCUCGCCGUCCAGCAGCAUCCACCUGCCCCUGCCUCCUCCUCUGGCGGGCACGCCAGGCCUCCUGUGCCCGGGCAGGGCGGCCCCAAGCCUGGUACUCCUUCGCCAAACCAGGGGAACAACAAGCGGCGCCGCUACACCAACAACGACGGCUAUCAAGGUGCCGCCAACUCGCCACCGCCCUGGACUGGGCACGUGUACGCAUACCCCGUCUCGCUACCGCCUCCGCCUCGUCCGCAGGGGAUCCUCGGGCCGCGCCCAGCUCAGGCCUACACGGCCUACGCGCCGCUCCAGUACGGCGGUGUGCCGUCCGGACCGACGGGCUAUGGGGGGCGUCGUAUGGUUCGGUACCGUACCCGGCCGCCCCUUCUGGCUGCACCUCCGCAGCCGCACCGGCACCACACCACGCAGGCUUUGGAUGGAGUGGAUCAGGCGGCGCUGAUGGGGGCUCUCCACAACCAGACGCUGCAGAACUCCACCAACGGGUGGAUCGCGGACUCAGGCGCUUCUUCUCACAUUACCUCGGACCCAGGAUUACAUCACCAAGGCGGCGCUGCACCGAUGCAACAGUAGCAGCGAGCUCUACCCAAUCUUCGCCAACAAUGCUUCGAGUGACGCCGCCGUUGCCUUCAGCGCCACCGUCUCUCGGCUCACGGAUCUGUGGCAUCGCCGGCUCGGCCACCCCGGCGCCCAUACUUUUUCCAAUAAAGGGUUUCCUUCAUGUAAUAAAAACUCUGCUUGUGUACCACUUUGUCAUGCCUGCCAGUUGGGCAAGCACGUUCGUUUGCCUUUUUAUCCAUCACGUAGCUCUACUAGUGCUGCUUUCGAAAUAAUGCAUUGUGAUCUCUGGACAGCUCCCAUCUCCAGUGUUUCUGGCAACAAAUACUACCUUAUCAUCA